CUAACAGAUAAUGUCUUUCGGUGGCCAUUUCGUACCCCACUCCAUACACACGAUAAUACCUACCAAGUAUACCGAGCAUACGUUACGAGUACGAAGAAUUUUUAAUUAGAAAACCACGAGUUUCGCACACAAUUAAUAUUUUCAUCCGACAAAUGCAACAUGCCGGCCGCGUUGUGGUUUUUGUGCUUUUGUUUACUCAAUUUGUGUUUGGGCGCCGAUUUGCCAAAUGCCCAGCCUACCUAUAUUACCAGAUAUGAUUAUUUGGAUAUCGAUAAAAUACUGACCAACGAUCGCAUCCUCAAGAGAUUGAUGGAUUGUAUUAUGGAUCGAGGACCGUGCACGAGGGAAGGAAAAGAACUAAAACGAAUAAUCCCAGACGCUCUACGCACAAACUGCAGUAAAUGCAACGAGCGACAAAAAAUGAACACCGGACGAGCUCUGGCAUAUUUACUCCACUACAAACCCGAAUACUGGUACGAGCUACUCAAUCGUUUCGAUCGAGAUGGCAGUUUCAGACGAAAGUUGAACAUCGAUAUAGACGAAAGCUCCGAAUACUCGAGCUCGAGCACAUCGGUACGUAAAAUACGAAGCCUGUUUUCCAAGGAAUCGGAAUCAAAAAGCAUCGAAAUGAGCUCGGAGAAUGACCAAUAAUGAGAACCUCACUCGACUAUAAUUUUAAUCCUAUAAGCAUAAUGUGAUAAUUACUCAAACUUCUUUCGAACAUUUCGCCGAAACUCGAAAGCAAGUACUCGUAAGAUAUUAAGAAAGCAUUCAUCAACCUAAAUUCUCAAACCUGAUAAACGCCAUUCUCAGAGCCUGAGUUUUUUGACGUCAAUUAAAGAAAAACAAAAAUUCUCUUUCUCUGCGUAGUAAGCAGUAGGCAUAUCGAGUUGCGACUCAUGUUGACAAUUUUUUUUACCAUUUUAUUAUACACGUUACCUUCGAGUAAAGAAAGACUACGUUUUAAAAACUUUUAUACAUCUACUCGUAAUUCGCGUAUUCGAUCCAUGUAGAAGUACCUGUGUCUUUGAAUGACAUUGUAAUUUCAAGCGAACAAGUUUACUCUCUUUUUUUUUACUUCGUUUUGUUUUCAGUUUCGUUUUAUUUAUUUAUUUUUUUUUCGAAUUUUCGUUAAGAUGUCGUAUUAUACUCUUAUUAUAGAAUACUUAGAUUUUACGAGUUUACUUCCAAAACUCCUCCCUCUCUUUUUAAUGUUCCUUUUUUUAAAAUUAUCAUUUUCAAGGCUAUAUUUUGCGUAAGCUUUGAUGUCUGUAGGUAAACUUAUCGUUGAAACAGGCAAUUUUGGCAAACCGAGUAUUUCCUUCCAUCUUGUCCGCCGGAUAUUAAAGCUAUAGAAAUUCACAAAUAAGCUAGAGCGGUAUACGAAGAGGGAAAUAAUUACGAUUUGCGAGAAUCUCGUUUUUUAUAUACUCGUACUCGGUUUAAUAAGCAAACUAUAGCGUUUAAUAACUCGAUUUAUUAUUUGUACCUUAAUCAUACACGAGGCCCUUUUUUAUAAUCAUUAUUCACUUACCAAAGAAAAUGGAGCACAGUGGAGUGAACUUUUGGCACUUUAAUUGGCUACCACGAUCACUUUGUUGUAGGUAUAAAUUUAUACGUUUUUGCAAACAGCAAAAUGGGCGAGGGUAAAUCGAGCGCACCAAUCACAUUAUUUUUGAAUAACGCUAAAUGCUUAAUUCUAGGUGAGAUUUUAUUCGAAAGUUCCAAUAAAGCUCAUCUCGUACAUGUGCAUCAUAACAAUAUACAUACCUACAUUUUAUCAGAGGCGGAUUUUAGUUUCCCUGAUACGUUGAAAAUCAAAAAAAAAGGCACGAUUUCUACGAGUUAUGUAUUGAAAGAGAUGAGGAUUCUCUUUCAAUACAUAACUACUUAACUAGUAAAUAGGACUUGAUGAUUUCGAAAAUUAGCCAUGUUGUGGUCAUUGAAUCAAUCUUUCAUGACCUAUCAAAAAUAGUUUUUUACUUUGGUGGUGGGGGGGGGGGAUUCAUUCGCGAACAAUUGAAAAAAAAUGAUCAUUAGCUAAUUUUCAUGAAAAAUAACGACGAUAAAAUUAUUCAGACGUCGAUUUUUUUCCCAAAUCAAGGUUAAACUAAUGCGUAAUAAUCGAGUAAAAUAAAUUUUGAACGAUUCAAUGCAUUGCACGCUAACAUAUUUUCAUAGGAAAUAAAAAGUGAUUCAGUAAUUCGCGAACGAUUCAAUCCUUCUGAAAAGAAAAUAAUUGAAUUUUUGAUGAAAAAUCCUAAUCAAAACAAUUCAGUCAGUUCUAUUCGAACGAUUUUGUCAUCAUAUUUUUUGAGUGAAAUCUAUUCAGUUGUUGACGAACGGUUCAAAAUUCAGAAAGAUGAAUCGCAGGUCGUAUUUUCUUCCCAAAAAUUCAAGAUCAAAAUAAUUAAAAUGAUUUUGAACGAAUGAACAAUUCAAAAUCCACUUUAUGAUUAAAAUGAAGUGAUUCAGUCGUUCGCGAACGACCUUAUACUGUCGGUUUUAGAAUCAAAAUCACAAUUUAAUGAUUCAAUCGUUCGCGAAUGAUUCAAUUCAACAUCUUGACAACAAAAUUGCGAGCAGUAUUUUUUCGCGAUGAAUUUAAUUUCAAGAUCGAAAAAAAUUAGUUGAUUUUGAAAAAUUAUACAACCGCUCGUUUAAAUCAAAAUGAUGUGAUUCAGUCGUUCGCGAACGAUUCAGAAUUCCCGAAAAAAAGAGAUCUCGUGAUUGAAAUUUGUAGAAAGGAAAAAACUCAACUUUACUCGGAACAAUUCCGACAAAAUUUCAAUUAAAAUUGAAACGAAACGAUUCAGUCGUUCGCGAAUGAUUCAAAACUAAAUUGAGAAAAAAAUCACCAGCAUUAUUUUUUUCCUAAAAUUAUUUAAUAUGAAAGUAAUUUAGUCAAUCCUGAGCUUACCAAUACCAAAUUUCAAAAUGAAGUGAUUCAGUCGUUCGCGAACGAUUCAAAAUUCAAAGAAAUGAUCAAGUUCUUGGUGAUAUUCUUCGUGAAAACUCGACAUAAAAAAAUUAACAAUUCAAGAAUCGAAAUGAAAAAUAAUUCGAUUGGAUUAAUUCUGAACUAGAACGACUCCGCAUUCCAAUUGAAAUUUAGCAAAUGAUUGAUUCAAUUGAGUCGUUCGCGAAUGAUUCAAAAUUAUAAAAAAUAAAUCCUCUGCUAGAAAAUUCAAGAUAGAAAUAAUUCAUCAUUCUGUUUUAGAAUAAUUCAACAGUCAAGUUGAAAUUGAAAAUAUAAGAAUGAUUCAGUCGUUCGUGAAUGAUUCAAAAUUGAAAAAAGUUACCAGCAGUAUUUUCUUCCUAAAAUUAUUCAAUAUGAAAGUAAUUUAGUCAAUCCUGAGUUUACCAAUGCCAAAUUUAAAAAUAAAGUGAAUAAGUCGUUCGCGAACGAUUCAAGUUCUUCGCGAUAUUCUUCAAGAAAAUUCGACAUUAAAAAAAUCAAAAACCGAAAUGAAAAAUAAUUCGAUCAAUUCUGAACGAGAACGACUCUGCAUUCCAAUCAAAAUUUAGCAAAUGAUUGAUUCAAUUUAGUCGUUCGCGAAUGAUUCAAAAUUUGAAAAAAUGAAUCUCUAGCAAUAAUCUUCUAUAAGGAAGAAAAAAAACAAGUUCAAAGUAAUGUAGUUGAUUUUGAAUAGCUCUACAAACACUUCAAAUGAAGUGAUUCAGUCGUUCGCGAACGAUUCAAAACUCAAAAAACUGAUAACGAGCAAUCCUUUCUUUAAAAAAUGGGGGAAAUAAAAAUGAAAAUCAGGAUGAAAAAUUUCAAUUGAUUCCGGAUGAUUUUUCAUUAAAGCCGAAAUUCGUGAUGAGGUAAUUCAGUCGUUCGAGAACGAUUCUAACAAUAGAAAAUUGAAUCACGAGUGAUUUUCAAUGGUAAAUCAUUCUACUCAUUAUUAAAAAAUAAUAACUAGGAGUUCCGAAAAAUCAAUUUUUGAUAAAUCUGCCUUUCUCUCGUCCAGAAAGAUCUCAAAAUCCGCCCCUGAUAUCCAUUACACAUAAUUAUUUAACUUAUUUAUUUUACAUUACACGAUCAUGUCGGUUAUUUUAACCUCUGUACAAAGAAAUUAGACAAUUAAGUGUGUUUCUACGUCAUCUCGUAUUAUUCUAGUACUUAUUUGUAAUUGUUCUUUUUUACCAUUUUUAUUUAUUAUUAUUUUAUCAAAAAUUUAUAAAUCGAGCAUUUAGUCUAUAAAUAUAUCUAUUUCUGUCUUUGUUUCA